AGAAAUGACCUGGAGGGUCUUUACCUAUGAAGAUCAUAGAAGUAUAAUAUCCAUUUGUAUGUGUCGGUUUACUCUCACCUCCCUGGUUUAUCCCAUAUUCUUGACGGGGGUAUGCCUUUCAUUUCACAUGAGCAAAGAGCUUACAUUUCGAAGGCUAUGCGAUGAUCCACUAAACACGCGUAAUACGAGUAGCAAUCCAUCGCAGUGUACCUUUUCUUUGGGGGUGGGAGGAGGGUUGACGGUAUGGAGUCGAUUGCUUGUGAUCUUCCAGGGCCUUCAACAUUUGUUCAUAAUUCUAAAUUGCUAGAUAAACCCAAGUCACAGCUUACAUGAUUCUACAAAAAGAAAUACCAGGGAAAUGAUAUACAAUCAGUUUUCCUAUUCACUUAUGGGUCAUUAAUCGAACAGAUGAAUUUUGUUUUUCAGUGUACGUUUAGCACUUUAGGGUUUUUCCCACAGAUCAAAAACAUGAAGAGUCCUUGACAUUUAAGGUGUUUUUUCGUGAAAAUCAUGCUCUUGAAAUGGGUUCCAAACCAUCCAUCUCAGCUUGUAUUUAGUAAAAGAAAUAUACUCGAAAAGAAGACACAGCUGUUCUACGGAAAUAAGAAGAGUCAUUUCUCUCUGACAAGUAUGCUCUUAUGCGAUAUGCACGCAUGAUAAUUGCACGUGGGUAAUGGAUUGGAAUGGCAGCCGUCUACGUCAGGCUGCAUUGACCAAAAAAACAAUUUCCAAGAUCAGAUCACUGAAAGAACAUCAACUGUAACUGUAAUUUCAGGAUAGUACCAUUGGUACCAACUUUCCACUGAGACCUGAUGAAUUGCUUGAAAGAUGUUGCGAUUACUACUUUCACACUGCAACAAAUUGAGAAGCACUCAAUGCCGUAUGCUGUACAAGACCAGUGAGUUCACAGGACCAACAAAUCUCUUCUUCAAACGUGAUGUAUGUCUGCUACAGAGAUUCAUACAUGGGGGAGUAGUGGCGAGGAAUGAGACCCAUAGCUUCAUCGAUGACAAGUCCUCUCAGGUUACAGAUGGGCCGAGUGAAAGUGAGGACAUCAUAGAAAAGACGAGAAAGGAAGUUGCAGACCUUUUAGCCAUAGGAUGGCAAGCUCCAGAGAAGAUUUCAGAUCCAGACAUUGAACAUUUCUUGACUCUCACCUCAAAGAAAGGUCGGAAGAAAUUUCUGAAGUUCCUGUGCAAGAAGGAACUUAUGAAGAAGAAAGACAAGAUGAAAAGGGAAGAGAAAGCAAGAGAGAGAGCUUUAUUCAAAGAAACACAAGACCUUGAUGACGACAACGAUGCCUUUCCAAAUCGCUUCUUGCUUCGCAUCCAUAACAACACAAUCUCACAGUUUGAUAAGUGGAGACUAGCUGCUGGUAUGAAGUUUGGUCCUAAGAUAGCAUUUGAUUUCAGCUAUGAAGACCUGAUGAAAAGACAAGAGGUGAUCAGUCUUGUUCAGCAGCUUAUGCAUGCAGUGAAUGCCAAUAAGUAUGCCAAAGACCCAUUUGACAUUCAUUGGGUUGGCCUAACUCCCGAGACCCAGUCCUUACAAGAACUAAAGCGCUUGCAUACAGUUGCAUUGGAGAACGCCAUGGUAAACGACACAGAGAAGGAUCUCUUGGAAGUCUUUCCUAAAAAGGACAUUAUAUACCUGAGUGCGGACUCUCCAAAUGUCUUGAAGUCUUAUGAUAGUGACAAGGUGUACGUCAUUGGAGCAUUAGUGGACAGGAAUAUAAUAUACACAGGACAAUCCUUAGCGAGAGCAAAGCGGUUCGGUCUAGAUCACGCACGUCUUCCGCUGGACAGACAUCUUCAGUGGGCGACAGGAGCCAAGAACCUGACCCUGGACCAGAUGAUGAAGAUCAUGAUUGAGAUGAAUACGUCCGGUGACUGGGUCAAAGCCUUUCAGCAUGUACCAAUCAGGAAACAUGCUGGUCUUCGAUCAGGUCCACAUUGGGACAAAGACCAGGAGAGCAAGCGUCCUACGAAACCGAUGAACGGUGAUGGCAUUCAAAGGAAUCCAUCUCAUUUUGUGUCUAGUCGAACGAGGCAGUUCAAGAGUUCAACAAGCAGAUCUGGUGCUGAAAGCAGGCAAAAGAAAAAUCUUGAGGCAGAUGAUGACACCAGUAGUACAAUUUUUUGAAAUAAAGAAACCUACAUUAUUAAAAACACUACAUACUGAAUGUUGUCUUCAACACAUAUCCAUCUAUCAAUUAU